CUGGUGAGAAGAGGGUGCCAGUGAUGCCCGGAUCGCCCGUGGAAGUGAAGAUACAGUCCAGGUCCUCUCCUCCCAACAUGCCGCCACUGCCCCCCGUGAACCCCGGUGGCCCCCGGCCGGUGUCCUUCACCCCGACUGCACUGCCCAACGGAAUAAACCAUUCCCCCCCGACGCUGAACGGGGCACCAUCCCCACCCCAGAGGUUUAGCAAUGGUCCUUCCUCCUCCUCCUCCUCCUCACUGACGAACCAGCAGCUCCCGGCCACGUGCGGUGCCCGGCAGCUCAGCAAGCUGAAGCGCUUCCUCACCACCCUGCAGCAGUUUGGCAACGACAUUUCCCCAGAGAUCGGGGAGAAGGUCCGGACCCUUGUCCUGGCGUUAGUGAACUCAACGGUGACAAUUGAGGAGUUUCACUGCAAGCUGCAAGAGGCGACAAACUUCCCCCUCCGGCCGUUUGUGAUCCCCUUCCUGAAGGCCAACCUGCCGCUGCUGCAGAGAGAGCUGCUGCACUGCGCCCGGGCUGCCAAGCAGACGCCCUCCCAGUACCUGGCGCCGCACGAGCACACACACCCAACCACAACGUCCCCCGCUGACUCCUCCGAGCUGCUGAUUGAGGUGAACGGGAAUGGGAAGAGGCACAGUCCAGACAGAAGGGAAGACAGCAGCUUUGAGAGGGAGCCGCUGCCGACGGAGCCUCCGGCCAAGAGGGUGUGCACCAUCAGCCCCGCGCCCCGGCACAGCCCUGCCCUGACAAUCCCGCUGAUGAACCCUGGGGGGCAGUUCCACCCCACCCCGCCACCCCUCCAGCACUACACCUUGGAAGAUAUCGCAACCUCCCACCUCUACAGAGACCCCAGCAAGAUGUUGGAGCACAGAGAGAUUCGGGACAGGCAUGGCAGUCUUGGUUUGAAUGGAGGAUACCAGGAUGAGCUGGUGGACCACCGCUUAACGGAGAGAGAGUGGGCUGAUGAGUGGAAGCAUCUCGAUCACGCACUGAACUGCAUCAUGGAGAUGGUGGAGAAAACCCGGCGCUCGAUGGCCGUGCUGCGGCGCUGUCAGGAGGCCGAUCGGGAAGAGCUCAACUACUGGAAGAGGCGGUCCAGCGAGCCGGCGGAGCCGCGGAAGGCGGGCAGCGAGCUCAUCUCCAGGCAGCACAGCCCCAGCAGCUCCGACUCCAUCGGCAGCGAUUCAUUGCGGGAGUUCAGCAGCAGGUCAGGAACAGGCUACGUCACUGAAGAGAUAUGGAAAAAAGCUGAAGAAGCUGUGAAUGAGGUGAAGCGCCAGGCCAUGUCGGAGGUGCAGAAAGCGGUGGCAGAGGCCGAGCAGAAGGCGUUUGAGAUGAUUGCCUCCGAGAGGGCUCGAAUGGAGCAGACCAUUGCGGAUGCCAAGCGCCAGGCCACCGAGGAUGCGUUCUUAGUGAUAAAUGAACAGGAGGAGUCCACGGAGAGUUGCUGGAACUGUGGUCGCAAAGCCAGUGAGACGUGCAGCGGCUGCAACAUCGCCCGGUACUGCGGCUCCUUCUGCCAGCACAAGGACUGGGAGAGGCACCACCGAAUCUGCGGCCAAGGCCUGCACGGCCAGAGCAAGCCGCUGGCUCUGCCCACGGGCCGAUCGGCAGCCGCUGCCAAAAGCCUCGACGGCGUGCCCAGCCCGGCCCUUGAGAAGACUUCGGCGACCACCUCCCGGUCCUCCACCCCGGCAUCCGUGACAGCAAUAGAUACGAACGGACUCUAAAGGGGAAGUUUUGGUUCGGUCCAUUUGAUUAGUUUCCCUGGGUUUUUCUAAGCUGAAAAAAAACCCCCACGGCAACUUGUAUCACUUGACACAUCUGACACAUCCCACCGCCUCCGCAGAGCGCCAGCGCUCGGGCUUUGCCAUCUUAUUCUGCCUUUUUUCUUGUGAAGAACCGGGGCUGGCCUUGCCUGCAGCGCCCCCCUCCCCAUCUCCCUGCGGGAGGCAUCAUUUGGGACCUGGAGGAGGCUGGGUGCUCGCUCGGGGGAGAUCGGACUCGGUGGAGAGCGCCGCUGACACGUGCGGGAGAUGCUGAGCCCUGUCCUCCCGGGUCAGACAUGCUCCAGCUUCUUUCCUGAGGUGUCUGAGCUGCCGCCUCCUCCAGCUGCCUUUCUUCCACAGUAGGCAUCUACUUUUUUUUUUUUUUUUUUUCCUUGCCCCCAGGCAGUGGUGUCUCAGAUGGCCGUGCUGGCCAGUCACUGUGCAAAGAGACUGGAGCCAAUUUCCCAGCAGGAGCAUCUCGUCCUCUAGUGCAAUGGCAAAAGCCAAGCCCUCUUCUCUUCUCCUGCCUGCAGGUUGGCAGCUGGUGACAGCAGAGAGGGAGGAGAGGCUUUGUCGGCUCUAAACCAAAUGUCGGUGCCAGGGAAGUUCGGACGGUCGCUUCUGGGUGGCCUGGUUUUGACCCCGUUCUGUGGCAGGACAGGCAGUUGCCUGUUACCCGGGGUGGGACCUUUGCAAAUCUGGCUUGGUCGUGGGCGGUUAUUGCCCUUUCCACCUGGGUACCGUUAUUUUGCUAUGCAGAAAGUGGUUUGUUUCUUUUUUUUCAGUGCAUGGAAGUUGUUGGUUUGAGAGUUACUGCCGUUGUUUUUAACCACAGAGAUCCUCACGCGAUUGCCAUGGGUUAUUUAUAGUCUGCUCUCUCCACGCGCGUUGGCCAAACUGUUAAAAUAAACGCGGGACUUGGUGUCCUGCAUCGGUUUGUACCCCCCGGCCCCAUGGGGCUCCUGCGGUGCUGCUCCAGCGCUGGCUGCGCUCCUCUCCCCAGCGAUGCCCAGGGAUGCGCAGCCACCGCCAUCUUCACCGGCUGGCGCAGAUCGUCCCAAAACCGCCGGCUGGGAGCGUGAUGUCCUGCGGGGUGGCUGGGGCAGCAGGGCGAGAGCCACCGCUCCGUGAGCCCCCGCUGUGGUGUGGAAGGAGGGAGCCAGGGCAGCACAAACCCUGUAACCGACCCUGGCCCCGGGAGGGCUAUGCUGGGCGCAGCGGGGCCCUCUCGGAUGCUUCACGGAGGUCGUCGGAGGCGCAGCCCGCGGGAGGGAUGGGCAGGGGCCCUCUGGGGAGCUGCACCGAGUUCCCACGCUGUGCGCAGAUGGGCUCUAGAAAACCAUCUAUUCAGCGAGGCCAUGUUUCCGUGACUGUUUUUGUACGAUUGCUGGGCUGGAGCCCAAUGAGGCGAGUAAUUCCCAAAUUAUUUUUGAUCACUUUUUCAAUUGAAGGCGAGUAAUAGAGAUGUAAUGAAUCGUCAUGGAGCUUGCUGUGGUGUGGCUGGCUGCUGGCUGCCCGGGGAUAAACCAGCGGCCCACUGAACUGUCCGCGUCCCUGGGGAAAAGCUGUUUUGGAAGCCACUGUCGUGGGAUAGAGUGGGCAAUCCCUGUGUCUGCAAGGUUUUAUUACACAAAGAAAAGCCACAAGGGCGCCCGGUGUUCAGGGCAGCUCUCGAGUGGCAGCUGGGGCUGUCUCCUGUGUCCCCGGGGAGACGCCAACAGGGUCCUGGCUGCA